UAGUCUGGCUAACAGCUGGCAGCGUUUACUUGCAUUUUGCUUAUUGUGCAUCUUUUGUUUUUGUUGACACGCGAAAAUUGGCAAUAAACAAUGGCCGAGGAAAUUGACGAUAAUGAUUUUUAUCGUGAAAACUUCAGUGCCGACACAGACUGGGAAGUAUUCAACGCACAGCUAGGCGAUUUACUGCGCAAAUGGGAAGUGGACGUCGAUAUUGGCGUCCCACUGCAGCCCGAGGAACUCUUCCACUGCAAAUGGCAAAUCGAGACAAAAACAUUGGACAUGCUGCACAAUGGCAUUGCCGUGGACUACUACGAAGCACAGUUAGCAGAACGUGAGCCACCAGCAGAGGGUCAAACAGCUGCUGCCGAGAGGUGUCUGCAACGCACCAAUUGUCAUCACGAUUUGAUGAGCAAUUGGAAUAGUUUUGGGCCGCCCAUACGCAAAUCCAGUGAGCUCCACACACUGGCCAGGAUCUAUGGACUGCGUCGCUUCGUAGUGCUGCAUCCCGCUGGUGGCGGCAACAACUAUAUGAGGUCACCAUCAGAAUUCAAUUUCAUUCUGAGCGCUGCUGCUGUUGUGGCUGCCGAAGUGUCCAGUGUGGUGCCCAUUUUUGUGCAGAUCCAUGAUCCCAAGUGGAACUUUUAUAUGGGCGUCUCCUUGGCACCAGCUUUGCGUACCAAUUUUAGACUGAUUGGCCUCGAACAGACGCCCGAAGACUGUCGCUACUUGACGGGUUUGUUGACGCUCUUCCAUGACAAGCUGCCCGCUUUGUAUCCACGAGAUGCCAAGAUCUCGGUGCGCACCACCUACUCGCUGGAUGCGGUGCGCAUACGCAUGCCCUUGUAUGUGCCCUUCAAUUGCUACACCGAGGAUAUUGCCAUCGAUGGCGAUGUGGAGCGUCUGGAUGUUCAAAAUUUCUAUGCCCUGCCUCAUGGUUAUGCUCCCGAAUCGAGCACCGAAAGCUACUUGGUCUACACUUGGCCAGAACUCUCCGAGAACGUUGCGUUUGACAGCGAAAUGCGCACAGAUUUUGUGCCUGCCAAAGCGCCGCUGGGCAAGAUUUAUUUGUCUGUGGAAGCCUUUUCCUAUCUAACACUUUGCUUGAGCGACUAUCAAGCGGUGGGAAAAGUCUCACGCUCGUUGGAAUCGUUUGUGGGCAGGAAUUUCUCGGGCAUCAGCAGCGGCGCUGAGCACACAAAUCCCUUGGAUAAGCUUACCGAACACAAGCUGACUGGCAGAAGGGCAGAGCGGAGUAACUACGAGCUGCCUUCGCAGGCGGGACUCACGAAGAGUUUGCCGGGACCGAUGAAUGAGAGCGAACUCACAGAGCUACUCGCCUACUUGUUCCCCGAUAUGCAUCCCCAAAUGGCAUUGUAUCCCUAUUCCAAGCAGAGCUUCAAGGAUAAGUUCGAUCCUAUGCGCAUCAAAAGCGCCGUUACAGAUUCCUUGGUCAGUCGUCUCAGCUGCUUGUUGGCCACCUGCCACGCCCACUUGGGUGGCGUUGAGAGCAUGGCUCAAGUGUGGGCGGCAUUUACACGUCAACUGCGAGUCUUAUGGGAUAAUUCGCUGACAGUGCCAGGCACUGCACCUGGUUUCCCCGAUACGCGCACUUGUCUGCUGCACCAGAAGCUGCAGAUGCUCAACGUGUGCGUGGAGCGUCGUGUUCAUCGUGAAGCACUCGGCAAGCGCAAACAGCAACAACAGCCAGAGCCAGAGGCACAACAGCAAUUGAGCGAGGAUGAGGAUGAGGGAGAAUUCUAUGACUGCGAUGAGCCAACGAGCGCAACAAGCGGUUCACCAACGCGCGCUGUGUUAAGCCUCAAGCCCGAGGGUCGCUUGAAGCGUUUGGGUGAACAACGUUUGCUCGACGAACCAGAGGAAUUCCUGUAUAUUCCUCAAACCCAAGAGCCGGUGCCCAAGACAGAGGAUCAACUUCAUGACGAUGCCGAGGUGAUGCUGCAAUUGGGACCCGGUUCAGGGCUGAGUACACAGAUGAUGUGCACCUCGUUGUUGUCGGAUAUGGAGGCCUUUAAGGCGGCCAAUCCACGUGGCAAAAUGGAAGACUUUAUACGCUGGUACAGUCCCAAGGACUGGGAAGAAGUGGAGAAUGCAAAUGGAUCGACUACUCAGCAGCUGAGUGUGCGAAUGACAACCGAGGGCAACACCUGGCAGAAGGUGUGGCAACAGGCUCAACCAGUGCCUGUGGCAAGGCAGCGACGUCUCUUCGAUGACACCAACGAGGCUCUGAAAGUGUUGCACUAUCUCGAGACGCGCAACAUGAGCGAGAUCUAUGCGCUGACUGUAAUUCCAGCAUUGCACACAGCGCUGCUUAAACUGAUUGACAUUUACAGCAAUGCCCACGUAGAAGAUGUUUUUAGCUCGCACAUCGAGCAGCUGCUGAACGACUUGUGUCGCCUUUCGCGCUCCCAUUCCAAUGAGCCGCCCAACCUGGAAGCAUUUCUCUCGAAUCUCGCCGAACUCGAGCGUCGCUUCUAUCAAUUCAAAUGCUUUGAGCGACUCGCUGGCUAUCCAAAGCGCAGCAAUCUGGCGCAGAUCAAGCAACAAUUCGAUGAGAUACUCAAGAAUGAAAACAGUUGCACCAUUGUCAAUAAGAAGCUGGCGGCAACAAGUGAUUUGGCCUCAGCUGGCAGUCUGUAUGACAUUCUCAGUCCGAAGCUGGAGCAGGAUAUCUCGAAUCGUUUGAUCAGCAAGGACUACGUUAUACGACUCGAUGGCGAUACAAAGGCCACCGAAAAGGGUCUCUACAUGGGACCGCAAUUUAUGCGAGCGAUUGUCACUGGGGAUAAAUUGCGACUCUGCGGCGCCUUCACCGAGAGCACAACAUUUGUCUGAGAACUCUCGAAACUGAUUCCAUAAUCAAAACCGUAUUUACUAUAUAGAUAACUUAUGAUAUUUUGCUUCUCUCUUUUUACUUACUAUAUUUGGUGCUUUGUUUUUGCUGUAAGUUGUAUUCAAAAUGCAAUAAAAUUAUUAAAGCAA